UCCGUUGUAGUCUAGUUGGUUAGGAUAUUCGGCUCUCACCCGAAAGACCCGGGUUCGAUUCCCGGCAACGGAAGUUUUUUUAUUUUUUCACUAUAUUUCAAUUUUGCUCAUUUCUGUAAGGGUAUUACUGUCAUUUCAACCACCUGCAACUACAAAACCCUAGUUCAUCAAUUAUAAAAUAAUUCUCAGGGGUCUCAGACUUCUUUAGCCGUAUUAAACUGCCUCACUCCGUCUCUGCGUCGAAGAUCUCCUGCUAAUUGCGUCAAUGGCUUCGGAGAAAAAGCUUUCAAAUCCUAUGCGCGAGAUCAAGGUGCAGAAGCUUGUACUCAACAUCUCCGUUGGCGAAAGCGGCGAUCGUUUGACUCGUGCGGCCAAGGUGCUUGAGCAACUCAGCGGCCAGGCCCCUGUAUUCUCUAAGGCUAGGUAUACCGUUAGAUCUUUCGGGAUCAGGAGAAAUGAAAAGAUUGCUUGUUAUGUGACCGUCAGAGGAGACAAGGCUAUGCAGUUGCUUGAGAGCGGGCUGAAGGUGAAGGAAUAUGAGCUUUUGAGAAGGAACUUCAGUGACACCGGUUGCUUCGGAUUCGGUAUCCAGGAGCACAUUGAUCUUGGCAUCAAGUAUGACCCAUCGACUGGUAUCUAUGGGAUGGAUUUCUAUGUUGUUCUCGAGCGCCCAGGUUACCGUGUGGGUCGUCGCCGAAGAUGCAAGUCACGAGUUGGAAUUCAGCAUAGGGUGACAAAGGAGGAUGCCAUGAAGUGGUUUCAAGUGAAAUAUGAAGGUGUCAUCCUUAACAAGGCCCAAACUAUUGGGGCUUAGAAGUGGUUGGUUAUUUUAAGUUUUUGCGAGUUCUGUUUUGGCAGGAUAAUUUUUAUGUUCUUGGAGUUGUAAACUUUUUUUCUGAAGAUUUUUGAAUUGGUAGAAUCUGGAAUACUAAUUCUGUUUCAUUGUUUUAA